CUCAACUCUCACACUUAUAGAACGAAAAAGGAUUCUCUUUGUGUGGCUGUGAUGGAAAACCUUUUUUUGCAGCCUACCAGUACAACUACUCUACUGAUAACUGCUGGGAUCCUACUUGUCUGCUUUCCAAGAAAUAUGGAUCGGUGUUCACAGUUUACCUUGGACCUCAGAAUGUGGUGAUUCUGGCUGGAUACAAGACCGUGAAGGAUGCACUGGUCAACCAUGCUGUGGAGUUUGGAGACAGAUAUAUCAGUCCGGGUAUCCAUGACUUAAGUGGUGAACAAAGAAAUGGAAUCAUUUUUGCCAAUGGAGAUUCAUGGAAAGAAAUGAGGCGUUUUGCUCUGAUCAACCUGAGAGAAUUUGGGAUGGGCAAAAAAGCAGGAGAGAAUAAAAUCAUUGAGGAGGUUCAGUAUCUGAUCGAUGUGGUUGAAAGACAUGAAGGUCAACCCUUCAGUACUGCCAAGUCAAUAAAUAAUGCAGUCUCCAACAUCAUCUCUUCAAUUGUCUUUGGCAGCAGAUUUGAAUACAGUGAUGAAGAGUUCACUCUCAUGAUAACCCGAGCAAAUGACAACAUUCGGCUUUUAGGUUCUUCUUCAGUACAGUUGUACAAUAUGUUCCCGUGGAUAUUUCAAUGGGCGAGGAACAGGAGGCAUCUCAAGAGGAACGUUGCUGAAAACCGAAAACAAAUGAAACGCCUGAUCGGACGUCUACAAGGAACCUUGAACGUUGAGAUGUGCAGAGGAUUUGUGGACACGUUCCUAGCACACAAACAGAAGCUAGAGGAUUUGAAGAUUACGGAUGCACACUAUGACAUUGAGAACCUGGUGUCGACUACUGCCAACCUCUUUGUGGCUGGUACUGAUACAACAGGAACAACACUGAGAUGGAUUCUGUUGCUCAUGGCCAAAUAUCCCCAAAUUCAAGACCAGGUCCAGGCGGAGCUGAGCAGGGUGGUUGGAGACCGUCAGGUGAGGGCAGAGGACAGGAAGAACCUGCCCUUUGCUGACGCUGUCAUCCAUGAGACCCAGAGAUUUGCUAAUAUACUUCCCAUCUCUAUGCCUCACCAAACCAGCACAGAUGUGACUUUUCAGGGCCAUUUUAUAAGAAAGGGGACCCCCGUGUUUCCUCUUUUGACAUCGGUUUUGUGGGAUGAGAGUGAGUGGGAGAGCCCACACACCUUUAAUCCUGCCCAUUUCUUGGACAAGGACGGGAAAUUUGUCAAGAGAGACGCCUUCAUGGCCUUCUCUGCAGGACGCAGGGCGUGUCCCGGAGAAGGUCUGGCCCAGAUGGAGCUCUUUCUCUUCUUCACUUCCCUCGUACAGCGCUUCAGUUUCACUCCUCCACCUGGAGUGAAAGAGGAUGAUCUGGAUCUGACUCCAGCACUGAGCUUCACCAGCACGCCUUCACCUCAUGAGUUGUGUGCCAUCAGUCGUGGGGGAAUUCAAAAUUAUUAGAUUAUUUAAUAAGUAAAUGGGAUAACAAUUAUUUGAAAGCUGUUAGAAAAGCUAUUUUCUACUUUGAUUCAUUAGGCAAAACAUCAAUGUGUUUAAAAGAAGUCACCACAGGGUUAAGAAAGAUAUUGAUUCAUGUUUUUUGGUAUUAUUGACAUACGUCAAUGUAUGUAAUCAGCAAUAAUGUACAGUUGCUGUUCACAGUGACCGAGGGUUGCCUCAAACACAUUAUUGAAGAUAAAGUACAGACACUUGUACUUUAGUGCUUUAUUAUUGACUAUGAAUAUUAAGAUUCAACACCCUCUCCUCUGUGAAAAUUGUUUCUGGUUCAUUGAUAAUUGUAUCACUAGUCAUUUCACAAAAUUGGAACACAGGCUAUACAAUUGAGACAUCACAAUAUAUUGCACAAAGUAAAUACAGAAAGUCUAAUGUUGUAAAGUGUGUGGGAUUAGAUAAAAAUAAAAAUGGCCUUUGUGAUAGUGUACAUGAUAAUGAUACACUAAACUGGCAGCGAGGGUCUAUGUAUUUCAGAGCUUGUUGAGGCACACAAUACAGGCUUCAUUCACACAGUGUGGCUUUACACAGCAGGGGUCCUCGGCCGUCAGUAAACACAAACAAUAACUCGUCCCAGGUGAGAUUCAAUGUCUGCUGGGGUUUGGUGUGAUUAAACUCCAGCAGGCUGCCAGGUUGGCCCAACUCCCAUUGAUCCAACACACCUGUCCUACUCCACCCUUGUGAAUUUGUGUCAGUAAAUACCGCUUUACCACUUCAAA